AGAAGAUGAAGGAUGCGUAGAAAAUGCGUUUGCUUCAAGAGGACGUGGGAAAGAGAUGAAAAUGUGGACUCCACAUUUUCAUCUCCUUCUCGAGUCGUGGUCAUGACAAAAAGGCGCAUCUUCAUCUUGUUCUUUUGUAGAUCCAAUCAAUAUUAUUUUUCGUCUUGAGACACAACAUCUUUCCAGUAAAACUCAAGUAAACUACGCAGUCUUGACAUCAUCAAUCCAUAUGGCAUAUUUAUGUAUAUGUUCCAUGAUAAGUCAAUCAAUCUAAGAGCAGAAAAGGAAAUAAACCUUGACUCGAAUACGAACCUAUCAAAGAAAAGGACAUGUCGAUGUCUUCAAGCAUUCAGUACAGGGAGUUCUUCCUGAAAGAAGCAGUCAGGACCGGCACUGUAAGUCGACCUGACGUCACGAACGCACUCGUGAAAAAUAAAUUGCUCCAUUAUGUUGAGCUCCGACUACCCCUCAAUCAAUCAAUCAAUCAAUUGCCUACUUUUCUUCAAGAGAUUUUCAAUGACCUUCUAGACCAAAAAUGCAGUACGAUCAUCGGAUAAAGUAACUCUGUUCCAACCAUCACGGAGGGCCAUCAUAUGCCAACGGCUAGAUCAAAGUAUUAGUAUAAAAGAACAUAUGAGUUGUCUUAUAUACUACGCCCCAAAAGAGUGAGUACAUCAAUCAAUCCUCUCCUCAUCUCUAAUUUCUGGAAUUGAAGCAUACCGUUUUGGACGACGACUCGCUCCGCAUUGUUUGCGGCUACAUGGAUGCCAUGCCGGAAACGUCGAAUAUGAUUCCCCUAGCCAGUGAGCUAGCUGCGACGAGUAAGGCCAGGUUGGAAAAGGCCAUCGCGAAAAGCCUUGGGCCGUUGUUAAAAGCAGCGAGCGAGUUAUGGUUUAAGUGUAAAAUCACCCUUCAAGUGUAACGCAGUAGUGUAUGACUUAUUAUCGUAAAAAAUGAUAAGAUAAAAGGUAGUCUCCCUCUAGGUGUUGUGUACUUGUACGAUCUUUUGCCCUGUUCUCUCCGCUUCGAAGCCUAUUGUAAGAAAUGAGAGGACAUUCAUCACGUCUAUCUCAACUCGUGCGCGUGUGAAAUGCGCCUCAGCAUUGUGAAUUGAUUAAAACAAAGUUAACCUCCUCUUGAAUCUUCGACUCCUUUUUCACAAGCGAGCGGCGAAAGCGAGCUGAUUCUCACUCGAGCGGCUUACAUGCACAGGCUAAAGGCAGAGAAUUGUACAAUCCGCAGUCUCGAUAGGCUAGAAGAUUUUCUCUCAAAAUAUGGGUACGAGUGCAAGGUCGACGGGAAUGAUUUUAUUCGCAUCAGUUGGCGUCACGCUAAGAAGCAACGGAAGUCGUGGUGGACGAGAAACUUCAUCAUAGAAAUGCGGGAGCAGGACUAUCCAUCUCAUUCCAUUCUUUCAUACCUUGUUAGUGCCGUACUACUUUCAUUGAUGUUCUUACUAUCUCAUUUAAAUAUGUUUUUAUGAUUAUCAUCAGAUAAUAUUAGAGCCAACGACCCCAAGAAAGACGCUGUGUAGCCUUGUCCACAUGCACUGUAUCCGAAACCUAACCAAGAAAGACGCUACGACCACUUCAACACAAAGAUGAUUAUGAGACAGUUGUCCUGAAGAUGGUCCUCCAGGUCCUUCAUGUAAUAAGAGAACGAAAAGCAAGUGCAGAAGGAAAGUCAAAGAGGG